AUGGCCAAGAUCGCCGAGUUGACCGAGCGCACCAAACACAAGAUGUUCAUCGCCGACGAGCAUGACACGACGUUGCCCGCAUCGGCUUCGCAAAAGUACAAGUACAACAUGGUGCUGCCUUCAAACAUUGCGCGUGUCUCAUUCAUGGACGACCAUGCGCGCACAAAGAUCCAGCUGGGCAAUCAACGUCGCAUUGCCGCGCUGUUCAAGACGCUGUACCAUGUCGACCCCAUCACGAUGUUGGGCAAGACGUUCGAGCUCGAGUACGAGGAUGACGAGUGGGUCGAGUGGACCGACGAGCGCACGGGCAUGCGACCCAUCCAUCUGGCCGUCGAGAAGAUGGAUAUAUGUCUUAUCAAGUACCUGCUCGAUAAGAAGGCCGACGUCAACAUCAAGGACAACCAGGGCUGGACGCCCCUGCACUUUGCUGCCUACGCCGGCAGUCUCGAGAUCUGCCAGCUGUUGAUUGAGCAGGGUCGCGCGGCCGUCAUGGCCAUCUCCAAGGAUGGCACUCUGCCGCUGCACUACCUCUCCAAGCACAAGUUUGACAAGACGCAGUCGGUCAAGUUCCGCGCCGUGCUCUCGUUGCUCAUCGCCAAGGGCACACCUGUCAAUGCAAAGACCAUCCGCGGUGAGACUGCGCUUCACAGGGCGGCGCUGUUUGGCUCGGUUCAGGGCGUCACAUUCCUCGUCGAGCACAAGGCCGACAUCAACAGUCAGAAUGCACGCGGCGAGACCCCUCUUUACUUUGGAGUCAUUGGGCGACAAAAGAAGAUUGUCGCACUGCUCGUGGAGUAUGGUGCCGAUUGUAGUCUGGGCGGGGCUACUGGCAACGCAUUGGACUCUGCCAAGAAGACCGGCCAGAAGGACUUGUACUUCUUCUUGUCGGGCUUUGUCAACAAUGCCAAUCCAUUCGAUGAUGACGACUUGGGCGACGACACCGAGGAUCAGGAACAAUGUUCAUUUGGCGAGAUCAUGCAUACAGACUCAUCAAUCACAGACUCACGAGAGCUGUCCUCACUUGGUCCAGAUGAGCUCAAACGAUUGCAACAAGAUCAUCUCGAAGAGAAGCUAAAGGAGAAGUCAGAGAAGCUCAAAGUCAAUCAUGCCAACUUCUAUCCUCAUAUAUUCGUUCUAAGCGACUUUAAGGGCCCAACAUGGUGCUCCUUCUGUGGCUACUUCCUCUGGGGCCUGCGACGCCAGGGCUUCCAGUGCGAGAUCUGUGGAUACUGCGUCCAUCCAAAGUGUAAAAAGAAGGCCACUCUAACAGAGUCAUGUAUUAUAUCCAAACAACUGAACGAGAAGCACAACGCAGAGUCGGACACUGUCGAGGAGUUCCUCUCAUCAAGUCGUCUCCACGUAUCUCAAUCAUUACACAAACAAUCAAUCAAUCGAAGGAGACUUGAGAGUCUUUACAAUCAAUUCAAUCAGUUGGAUAAGGAGCAGAAUGGAUGUUUGAAUCGUACGCAGUUUGGAGAGUGUCUGGGAUCACUCAUCAGUGACUCGACAGAGUUUGCCGAGUCUUUGUUCCAAGCAUUCGACUCCAAUCACGAUGGCAAGAUGGACUUGAAGGACUUCCUACAUGGUGUCUCACUCAUGCAGAACUCAUCAUUCGAAGAGCAGAUACGAUUUGCCUUUGAAAUGUUGGAUAGGUCGCGAAGAGGAUAUAUUACAGUGGCAGAGCUGUUGCAGAUAUUGCAGUCGAUACAUCGCUCAUUGGGCAACCUAAAGAUCAAUGGCAGCGUACCAGCUAUGUUGAUAUGUACAAUAUUCCCCAAGUCUAUAGUGUGCAAGAAGAUUCUGAUACCCGAGCCUUAUUAUCAGCCUGGCAAACUAUCACGCACUGCCUCGCCAGUCAUUGUUACCGAUCGCAGGAUUGGCAAUCAUCGCGGCUCCCUUGGCGGCUCACCUGCCACACCACCCUCACUGCCAACCACCACCACGACCACCAUGACCAUUGGCGACAACAGCAUAAUGACCAAUCCACAUCAAGACGAAGAGGAGGACUUGUCAUGCGUAUCAUUCACCUCGAACAACAACAACACUACCACUGGCACAUCAUGCACUGCAUCGCCCUCAUCAUCCGUUGGCUCAAUGACUGGUCACGAGGUUGUCAACAGUCAUCACCAUCAUCAUCACAACACGACCACGCAAGGCUCAGGCCCCAUACCAACAACGUCAACAUCAACAUCAACUUCACAAUCACCAUUACCAUCACCAUCACCAACACAAUCACCAUCACAUUCACAUUCACAAUCACCAAUGAGAGGCACUCAGGAGCGCACGCGUAGCUUCUGCUUCGAGACAUACCAAAGCUUGCCGCCACCAGCAUUCAACCCAUUGGCUAUGGCAGCCAUGACUGCUGCCAGUCAGCAGAACGCAUUGAAGUACCGCGAGGAGUACACAAACGAGCUCAACAUGGAGGGACGCAUUUACUACGACGAUUACAAACAGGCCAUCACCAAGAACCAAGUCUACGUUCAGAGUCUUGGCGUUGUGCAACCUGUGUUGGAGGGCAACACCAAGACAGAGGACGAUCCCAAUCAGACAUCGAAAUGGAUGAGCUUCGAGGGCAAGGAGAUCACACUUGGUCACGAGAACUACGAGCUGAUGCAGUACAUGAUGAUUGGUAUCAGGCGAGCCAUUGGCGAGAGCAUCACACUACCAAGCAGAGAGAUCAAGCCCAAGGACUUUGAGCUGGGCGUGGAGUUUAAGUUCAACGGAUGGACAUUCAAGGAUCAUGCACCAUUCGUAUUCAAGAAGAUUAGGGACAAACAGGAGAUUGAUCCCAAGCAUUAUAUGUUCUCGCUGGGACCAGAGAAGAUCUUUGGUAAUCUGUUGAUGGGCAACCUGUCGGUUCUGUGUGAGGUUGUGUCCAGUGGAAGGAGUGGCAGCAUGUUCUUCCGUUCCAAUGAGGGUCGCUAUCUGAUCAAGACCAUCCCCAGCUAUGAGGAGGCUGUCCUCAAGUCCUUCCUGCCAUCAUACAUCAAGCAUAUUGAGAAGUAUCCAAACAGUCUGUUGACCAAGACACUUGGAUGCUACAGCAUGACCAAGGCCAAGGAGCUCAAGUUCAUUGUGAUGAACAACCUGUUCUUCACGCCACUACCCAUCCAUGAGAAGUAUGACUUGAAAGGCUCGACCAUCGGUCGUCAGGUGCAAGAGGACUUGGCUCGCAAUGGCGAUGGCGGCGGGUCCGCCUCAUCAUCAUCUUCCAAACUCGAGAACGUAUCACUCAAGGAUCUCGACUUUAAGAGGAAGCUCAACAUUGCGCCAGAGUACAAGGCGCCUCUGAUGGAGCAGAUCGAGCACGACACCAAGUUGCUGGAGAGCAACAAUAUCUGCGACUACAGUCUGCUGGUUGGCGUGCAUCGCGUCGACGAGUUCUCCCCGAUCGCCCUGGUCUCUGACGACACAUCCUCACAGAACAUCAUCGAUGUGCUCAGCGAAGGCUUCUUCAAGAAGAAGUCUGGCAAGACAUCAAUAUUCCAUCAACACUACGGUGGCAUUCUGUCGGCAGACCGCAAGGAGGUCUAUUUCAUCUCCAUCAUCGACAUAUUCACCAGCUGGGAUUUCCGCAAGAAGUAUGAGGCCAUGAUUAAGUCCUUAGUGCACGACUCUUCACAAAUCUCAGCUGUCGAUCCAGCAAGUUACAGAAAGCGAUUCCAACAACUUGUUCAUCAUAUUGUUAAGUAA